UCAAUCUGGGUCCUCAGUUCCCGCCCAAGAAACACAGGAACAGACACUCGGAGACCUGGCCCCACACUCCUUGCUCCAAGGGGCAGGCAGGACAGGCUGAAAAUAGAAACCGCUUCCAAAAAGAUAAAGGGGAUGACUCCAGCAGAGCACCCCACUCCUUUGAAGAGCUCAAAGGAAUAUGUCAGACCAGUCUCUUCCUAUAGCAACACCCCCUGCCCAGAAGCCCCCUCGGAUCAUCCGCCCCCGUCCCCCUUCUCGACCCCGUGCUACCCAGUCCCCAGGGCCCCCCCACAAUGGCUCCUCUCCACAAGAACCUCUCAUCACCUCCAAUGAUGCACCAACCCCAAUGUACAGCCCCAUCUUCUGGGAGCCCCCAGCCUCUUCCCUCAAGCCCCCUGCCCUUCUGCCCCCUUCAGCUUCUAAAGCCAGCCUCGACUCCCAGACUUCCCCAGACUCGCCUUCCAGCACCCCCAGUCCAGCAUCCCGGCGCUCCAUCUCCCCAGAACCUGCCCCCAGGUCUCCAGUCCCUCCACCCAAACCUUCUGGGUCACCCCGCACGCCUCUGCCCCUGCCUCACACAGUCCCCCGUGUUCGUGCCCAGGAUGGCUCUACCUCGGCUCUAGGCACUGUGCGGAGACUGGCUGGCAGGUUUGAAUGGGGAGCUGAAGGCAGGGUUCAGGCUGCAGAUGCUCAGGACCCAGCUCCCCAAGGGGGAGUGGAUGUGAAUGGGGAGGGAGACACGACCCAGGGCAUCCUCACAGGAAGGGGAUCCCAGGAGAAUGGCGCUGCAGAUGCUGCCCUGGCCUGCCCUCCCUGCUGCCCUUGUGUCUGCCACGUAGCCCGGCCUGGCCUGGAGCUCCGAUGGGUCCCUGUGGGGGGCUAUGAGGACGGUCCCAGGGCUCCCUGCCGAGCCUCCCCACUGAGGACCUCCCGCUCCCGCCCCAGCCCUCCCAAUAUCAGUCACCCCGCAGUGGUCCUCACAUCCUACCGCUCCACUGCUGAGCGCAAACUCCUGCCGCCUCUCAAACCCCCGAAACCAACUCAGGUCAAGCAGGAUGCCAUCUCUGGGGACGCCCCACAGUCAGAUCUCGAUCUUCCCUUUGAAGAUGGAAUCCAAACAGGGGACAGUCCUGAUGAAGCUCCUCAGAAUACCCCUCCAGCAACCAUAAAGCGCAGCUUGGGUGAAUGGGUGUAUGGUGGUGCCAAUGACCAGACCAGGAAAAACAGAACCGCAGGUGGUGGUGAGAGGGAUGGGGAAGGGCCUGAGGAGCUGAAAGAGCAGAACUGGGAGCUGCCCCUGCAGGAUGAACCCCUGUACCAGACCUACCGAGCAGCGGUGCUGUCAGAGGAGCUGUGGGGUCCGGUCUGUGAGGAUGGGAGUCCUUCCCCAACAAAUCCUGGCGAAGGUCCCACCUUCACCCGGCCCCCUGGACCUCGCAACACUCUGUGGCAGGAGCUUCCAGCUGUGCGAGCCAGUGGCCUCCUGGACACCCUCAGCUCCCAAGAGAGGCGCAUGCAGGAGAGCCUAUUUGAGGUGGUGACAUCUGAGGCCUCCUACCUGCGCUCCCUGCGGCUGCUGACUGACACCUUUGUGCUGAGCCAGGCUCUCCGGGACACACUCACCCCUCGGGAUCACCACACCCUCUUCUCCAAUGUACAGAGAGUUCAAGAAGUCAGUGAGCGGUUUCUAGGGACAUUACUGUCCCGUGUGCGCUCUUCCCCUCAUAUCAGUGACCUAUGUGACGUGGUGCAUGCCCACGCCGUGGGGCCUUUCUCGGUGUAUGUGGAUUACGUGAGGAAUCAGCAGUAUCAGGAGGAGACCUACAGCCGCCUCAUGGACACAAAUGUGCGCUUCUCCACGGAGCUGCGUCGGCUGCAGAGCCUCCCCAAGUGCGAGCGGCUCCCGCUGCCGUCCUUCCUGCUGCUGCCCUUUCAGCGCAUCACGCGGCUCCGCAUGCUGCUGCAGAAUAUCCUGCACCAGACAGAGGAGGGGUCCAGCCGCCAUGAGAAUGCCCAGAAGGCUCUGGGUGCUAUCAGCAAGAUCAUUGAGCGUUGCAGUGCUGAGGUGGGACGUAUGAAGCAGACUGAGGAGCUGAUCCGGCUCACCCAGAGGCUGCGCUUCCACAAGGUCAAGGCCCUGCCCCUGGUCUCCUGGUCUAGGCGCCUGGAAUUGCAGGGGGAGCUGACGGAGUUAGGGUGCCGGAGAGGGGGCAUGCUCUUCACCUCACGCCCCCGCUUCACUCCCCUCUGCCUGCUGCUCUUUAGUGACCUACUGCUCAUCACUCAGCCCAAGAGUGGGCAGCGGCUACAGGUUCUGGAUUAUGCCCAUCGCUCCCUGGUCCAGGCCCAGCAGGUUCCAGACCCAUCUGGGCCUCCUACGUUCCGCCUCUCCCUUCUCAGCAACCACCAGGGCCGCCCUACCCAUCGACUACUCCAAGCUUCAUCGCUAUCAGACAUGCAGCGCUGGCUGGGAGCCUUCCCCACCCCAGGCCCCCUUCCCUGCUCCCCGGACACCAUCUAUGAGGACUGUGACUGUUCCCAGGAUCUGUGUUCAGAGCCUUCUGCACCAGCCAAUACUGAGGGACGGAGUCUGGAGUCCAAAGCUCCCCCCAAGCACCUGCACAAGAGCCCUGAAGGCUGGCUGAAGGGACUUCCUGGGGCCUUCCCUGCCCAGCUGGUGUGUGAAGUCACAGGGGAACACGAAAGGAGAAAGCACCUUCGUCAGCACCAGAGGCUCCUUGAGGCUGUUGGACCCUCUUCAAGCGCCCCUGACGUCCCCCAAACCUAAUGCAGGCUGGGAAGGGGGCACAGGUUGGGACAGCUGGCAGUGUGGCACAGAGGACAAAGCCCAUCCAUCUGUUGGAUUCGCUGUCUGUGGAAACACUACCUCUAGUGGCAAUCAAUAAAGACCAAGCUUCAGGACAAGGCAGCCAAUGAAAACAGGGCUAUUUGAGCUCGGGCAAUAAGGGAGAAUGAGGAUGGCUUGAGUAAGUUGCCAAUGGAGACAGAGGCUUAGUGCAGAGCCACCGAAUGGGUGCUGAGGUGGCUGAGCCCCUGGCCAAUGAGUAUCCCUGCUAUGCCCACAGCCUAGGAAGAUGAAGCCAGGUUGAUGCAGUUAAAAAAGGCCGCAUUGGAGAUAAUGUCCUAGGAUUAAAAUAGCCAACAGCGAUGAGCAGGGACCCAUCCAUCCAAAGAAGAUAGUAAUCUGGACCCAAGAGACCAAUAGUGACUCUGCUUGGUUUUACAGCCAUGACCCGUCCUGCCCUUUGAGUCUAGAAAGUAUUAGAUUCCAUUCUCGGGUGCCUCCUGUGUCCUUUUAAGCCACUUCUCUUCCAAAAGAAUCCAGAGCGUGUUUAUCAGAGAAUCUGUGUGUGUAUGUGCAUGUGUGCUUAUGUAUGUAUAUGUUUCUGGUGAAUGUGGUGUGUGUGUGUGUGAUCUUGCCCGCUGCCAGAUGACUGAGUGUUCCAUUUCUUCCCUCACCACCCAUUUUAACUAUUAUUUUCUCUGAGAAAGACACUAAGUCUGAGUGCCAGAGGAGUUAUGUGCUGGGUAUAGCUUGGCAGCCAGAGGCCAGGGUUGGGUUCUGGGGUCUCUUGGAGGCCAGGGUUCCAUGACAGUUGGAGGGUGAUAUUAUGAAGCAGCCAAGCAGCCUGGCAAGGAGCCUGAGGGACUGCAGAUGGCCAGUAGCUGGGGCCGAGGCCCCCUGAAGCCCAAAGGCCCUUCUUGCCCCAAAGCUUGGUGUCUAAAAUCUCUGCCUACAGAUCCCCCAACUGAACAAUAAUCAGUUGCACAGCCUCAGCCUUAGGCUUCAGACCAGCUCUGGACCCCAAAUUUGGGUGAAGAAACAGGAGCUGUGGAUCAUGGGCUGGCUGGUGAGCCCCCUGGCCUUUCUUGCCUUGAUCCUGGUCUUCUCACAGAAACACUGGACCAAGCAGUGGGCAGAGAACAGAGAGCAGUGUUGCUGCCCAACCCCAUUCAGAGUGUCUGCUUCUGGAUGAGAAACUGCCCUCAUACAAUGCCAGAGGGAGGUGAAGGAUGGAGAUAGAGUGGAGCAGACAGUUGCUGGCGAGUGGAGCCCGGCCUGGCACACGGCCUUCCCUGAGCUAGGCCCUCAUACCUUCCCUUCAGCUCAUGUAUAACAACUUGUCCAGGACAGAAACUCCCAUGCUGACCAUGGGAGGUGUAGGAGGGACCCUGGGAGACUCAGAGCGGGGAAAGGCACUGGCAUAUGAAAUGUCCAUGACUUUGGAGAUUUACCUAGCACACUACCUGGCAUAUGAGAAACCCUCAAUAAAUGUUGGUGGAGUUGUA